CCGAUAGUUUGAUCGCGCCGAGACCAGGGGGUUCGCUGGUCCUGCACCGGCGGGCGUUGGAUUCCGAAAGAUGCUCCGGAAAAAUCUGUGCGGCUCGUGAUCAAUGAGGGGAGUCGUCGACCCCAGGAAUUUUCAGCUAUAUAACGCCCCCAUCCCUCUUUCUCCAGGCUUCAGCCAUACGCUUCCAACUUCAUCUUUGGUGACACAUUACACCCGUCCAGAACAGACCUUUAGCUAGUACAUUAACAUGUCCGAAGAAGAAGCCAUUUUGAACGGCUUGAACGAGACCGAGGCCGAAGGCUUGCUCGAGAUAUACGUGCGGAUGAACGGUGACUGCGAAAAGGACUACUGCUUCACCAUCAGCGUCAACGACCGCUUCCAGGACUUGCACAAGAUCUUUGACACUUUGCCUUUGGCGUUGAGACCAAGCAUCUUGUACCACCUGAAGCCGGUGGCGUUCCAGAUCUCGACUCAUCCCGGGUUUUUAACCCGUGACGGGGGCCUCCUCCACACGUACGACGCGGACAAACCGCAGUACUUGAAGUCUGUCGACCAGAACGAAAAAAUAGCCGAUCAUGUAUGGCCCGGGCAGCUAAUCGUGCCACUUUGGGAACGAAACCUACAGACCCAGCUCGUGCUUAUCUCGGUAUUGGGCCUCUGGUUGUACACAGACUUGCCGGACUUUAUUUCGCCAACCCCGGGCAUCUGCAUGACAAACCAGUUUACACGUUUCUGCGCCUAUUUGGUGAGCAGCUUGGGCUACGAUGAUAUGGCAAACACCUUGCUCGACGAGAUGCACAACGACAUGGGCGAGGGAGGCCAGAUCGCGUUUUUUGCGUUCCACGUGGUCAAAGCCGCCAUUUUGACGCUCAUAAUCUGGUCUGGGAUCUUCAACCCGUACACCUUCACCCCAAUGGGCAGAUUCUCGAAGAUGAAGACGGUCAAGGAUUUGACCAGAGAGGAACUCCUUGCGAUCGGCUGGACUGGCUCCAGACACGCCACCACGGACGAGUACAAGGAGUACUUCAAGGAAACCAGGGUCAAGCAAUACGGCGGCAUUAUCGGCGCCUCGCGCGCUGGUGUCUUCCAGGAAAUGUCCACUAUGGGCGUCCAAUUGGGGCCAGGUGAGGGAUUCGACACCCCAGUGACCGAAGCCUCCGGCAAGCUCUCCCUUGAGGCAAUGCGCAAGAGUGAGAAAUUUGUGCUCAACUACGAGUAUUUAGCCGCGCUCGGCGAAGUCUUUGAAGCGCAAAUCGAUGCCCUUACGGAUAUCAAGCUCCUCGCCCAGGCAGUCAAGGACUAUAGACGCUACGGCCCGAUGGCAUCGAGUGAGAAAGUCCAUGAGUUGUACUUGCAGAGAAAGAUGUUGGGUAAUGGCAAGAUUUCCGUCACAGAAGCGAACUAGGAGGGUUUAAUACAAUGAUUGUCGAUUUGCGCCAGGGAGGGCGAUUGUAGAAGGAGCGGGGAUUGUGGAGCCAUGGGGGGAAUGCAUGGGGCGAGAAUUCCACGGUCACUGAAUGUAGAUGACUGAGAUCUCACUUCAAAGUGGUGUGUUCCGCCACUAAUGGUGUUUGAAGGAAACCUGUUUUGUAAAAAACAUUAUAACUGGAAAGAGGGCGUCGGGUUUAUAUCAGGAGCCCGGAUAGAGGGUGGUGUGGGUAACUUAUAAAGUAAACCCUACCUUCUGAUACAAAAAAAAAAAAUGCAAAUCAGACUCUUGCCGAGGGUUCUCUUUUUGCUCACAUGGUCUGUACCCCUCGGUUGAAAAACCUGCAAUUCGUUCCUACCUUGGAUUGUAGUUGGUAAUAUUUCUUGACCG